GGCCUAAAAUACGGGAACCAAUCAGAAAUGGAUUCAAAUUGUCUUGACUCUCAAUAUAAUGGGACUCUAGGUCGAUAUCAUGAUCAGCUGUUAAAUCUGAACCCUUGAUUCUUCAAUCCACCAAUUCUCUUAUCACUCAUCACCCACAACUCACCAUGGCGCAUUUAACUAGAGCCAUCCCCAAUAUUUUCCUAAAGGUACCCUUGAACACCACCGUCACAGGAGUGCUGAAAAGAACCCUGAGCUGUUCACCAACCUUAUCCAUCCAAGCCCCUGUAUCAAGACCUGAAAAUCAUACAAAAUGCACUCUAAUUCCUGGUGAUGGUGUUGGACCUGAACUUGUUCAUUGCGUUCUAGAAGUUUUUAAGGCAGCACAAGUCCCAGUCGAAUUUGAGACGUUCUUUUUGUCUGAAGUGAACCAAGCUAUGAGUGCACCUCUAGAAGAAGUUGAAGAAUCGAUUAAUCGAAAUGGUAUUUGUUUGAAGGGUGUACUAGCCACGCCUGAUUAUAGUCAUACUGGAGAAUUAGAGACUCUCAAUAUGAAACUGAGAAGAAACUUAGAUCUCUACGCCAAUGUAGUUCAUGUGAAAUCAUUACCAGGAGUAAAGCUAAGACAUCAAAAUAUUGAUUGUGUCAUCAUUCGAGAAAUGACAGAGGGUGAAUACUCGGCCCUUGAGCAUGAAAGUGUCAAGGGUGUUGUGGAAUGUUUAAAAAUUGUGACUAAACGGAAAUCUCAAAGAAUUGCCAAGUUUGCUUUUGACUAUGCAACUAAAAAUAACAGGAAAAAAGUUACUGCUGUACACAAAGCAAAUAUUAUGAAACUUGGAGAUGGAUUAUUCUUAAAUAGCUGCAAAGAGAUUGCCAAGCUGUAUCCUAAAAUUGAAUUUGAACAGAUAAUCGUAGACAACUGCACUAUGCAAAUAGUAUCCAACCCUCAACAAUUUGAUGUGAUGGUCACACCUAAUCUGUAUGGUAAUAUCCUGGAUAAUUUGAGCUCUGGUCUAGUUGGAGGAGCUGGUGUUGUCGCUGGUGCAUCCUAUAGUUCCGAGUGUGUUGUCUUUGAGCCAGGUGCACGACACACUUAUGCUGAAGCUGUUGGCAAAAAUGUAGCCAACCCAACUGCUAUGCUUCUUGCCUCUGCUAAGAUGCUGAGUCAUAUUAAUUUACAGUACUACGGAGAUUUGAUUCGCAAUGCUGUCAAUCGAGUGUUGAAAGCAGGGAAGGUAAGAACUAAAGAUCUAGGAGGCCAAGCAACAACGCAAGAGUACAUUUUUGCCAUAAUAUCAAACUUACGAUAGAACUGUUCUUUUGUAAAUCUAGUUUUGUUUUGUGUCAAUGAAUGCCUUUUUAAGUAGCAUUAUCUGCCACAUCAUCUGGGAUCAUGGAUGCAGGUUUAUAGUACCCAAGCGUGAUCCCUUUAGUCUCCAUGGAAGCCUUAUAUUGAAUACAGAGACGGAAUAAUCCAGAUGCUUACAAAGCAAAACCAUUGAUUUGAGAAAAUUAAAAAAAUAAUUUGGUUCUACAACAGAACACUCCUCUUAAAUACAGUGGUCCCUAAAGAAAAUGGGUAAAACUUACAGCUGCCGUGCAAGUAUCCUUUGUCCUCUGAAGUUUUUGCAAUGAUUCACUCCAAAUUUACUACUUCCUCAUGGAGUGUCGAGAUUUCCGAACUCAUUCAAUUUUUAGGAUAAAGUGUCUGUGUACAUAUAUUUAAGCAGAACUAAAAGGCAUUUUAAAAACUGACCAAUUCUGAUUUUAAACAUUUUUCAAGAAAUGGAAGGAGAAGAGAGUUCUCUUUAAAAAUAUUUACUUCUUUAUCUCUGAAUAACAUUGAAAAUGUGAUUCCAUAUUUUUCUGUUUCGGGUGUGAAUGUAAUGGAGAUUUUUUUAAACUUGGGAACACAAAGGCAUUUGUUAUCCUCUCUCUCUCAUUUACAUUCAGUAAAAUCUCGAAAGAAAUCUCUAAGAAAUUCAGUAAAAUCUCGAAAGAAAUCUCUAAGAAAUUCCGUAAAAUCUCGGUAUAUUAACCUUCAUUUCAACAAGUUUUUAGAUAUAACAAUGUCUUGCCGCACACGCCGCAAUCCCUCUAUCAACAGAAUAUGUUUCUUUCAAAAUAAGGUCAUUGCAGAAAGCCUGGAUUCGAUUUAAUGAUAAUAUUGUCAGAUGAAGACAGAAAAAUGUCUAGUUUUUACAAAGAACUCAGGAAAUAUCUCAGAUCCAAUCCCUUUACAUUGAUGCUAAGAAUCGGAAUACUGUGCUGCCAAACAAAUAAAGUACAAUUCCUAGCCUCUUGCCUCUCGCUAGGAGACAUGCACCUUAAAAACCCACCGCAACUGGUGUCGAACAGGUUGUCAGUUCAGCCAUUUUUCCUUCACAUAGGCUCGAUACAGCACUCACUUCUUAAAUGUAUUUUGUAUCAUUUUAUUAUUAUUCCUGGAUAAGUUUUCAUUCUUGAGUUGUAUAAUACUUAUAAAUAACUGCAUAGUAUACAUCCCUGAUAUAUGCAUGAUUAUCAUUUCAACCACUUAGCACGUAAUCAAAACCCACCAUGCUGAAGAUUAAUUAAAAGUAUUUUGUACUCCAA